GGCUUUAUGCAGUAGCCAACUCUGUAAGCCUAUCCGAACCCCAUCAUCCCCAUCCAUCGUCCACCACUCAAAGCGAUCCCAAUCCGCGAACUCCACAUCCACCGCUACAACCACCAACCACCAACCACAACCACCAACCUCCACCACCACUCCCCACCCUCAACGCUCCCCUCCGUGAUGGCGAUAUAGUCAGCACCGACUUCCUCCCCCGACUUGCGCCCUCCCGCUACUUCAAACUACACCCGCUCCCAAAUACCUAGCCGCUGCCUCCGCCCCUCCCCCUUACAUUCUACAUUCCUCUCGCAAUCCGCACGUCCCCUUCCCCCACCCCAACAGCUCUCCCCUACGAAUGGCGACUACAGACCCCCCGAACGCAAGCGCUUUCUUUCACGGAACGGCAGAAGAAGCCAUAGCCACGUCGCUCCGUCGAUGCUUCCCCCUCGUCUGCCUCGUCACGGACGGCGGCGAGGAGAGCACUCGCUGGGAAUCGGAGUACCUGGUCGACGAUGAGAUCUUUGAACUCCUGCGAGCCGAGGUCAUCCUCCUCCGACUCGAAGCCGGAACUCGCGACGCCAAACUCCUCGCCGAGGCCUCCGGUAUCGCCGAAACGCCAAACCUGUUGAUAAUCAAAGACGGUACGACCAUCGUCACACUGCUCGCCGGAGUCUCGCGAGAACAUUUCAUUCAUAACAUCAAGAACGCGCUCAUCAGGAUUGCGGAGAGGCGCCCCUCUCUGUACCCCGCACCCGCACCCGCACCCGUACAACCUAUUGCCAACGUGCAACAGCAACAACUACCUUACCCGCAGUCGCCUCCUCCUGCCGUCAAUUACAACGCGACUCCUACAAACAUCGCAAACUCAAUUGACCGCCCAGAGUCUCCGCGAGGAACCCCCGCGUCCUAUCCGAGCAGCCCCACAGCUCCUCCUACCACCACAAACACCGUCGCUACCAACGAUGCUGCGGCCGCAAGUGCUGCCGCCGAAGCCAUGUCCUCCGGCCGUCGCGGCAGCGUUCGCCCAAGUUUCGGUGAGCAGCAACGACUCAAGAAGGUAGCCGAGCAAGCCGAGAGACAGCGCAUCUUGCAGCUGCUCGAGUACGACAAAGCCGAGCGCCGACUCCGUGACAAGGAGCGACGAGAGAGUGUCGUGAUCACGGAACAGCUCCGGCCACGAUUCCCAGAAGUGGUGGUCGCCACUGGGAGCAGCGGCGAUAGCGGCAAGGGCGACGUGGCUUUAUCGUUCCGUCUCACGGACGGCUCGAACGUUAAAUUUCGUUUCCCCCCGGAGGCUACGUUGGGCGUGGACGUAAGGGCAUGGAUAGAGAAGAACCGUUCUGACGGCGACCGUCCUUACAACUUCAUGGAGAUCCUCGGCCCCGCGCGCAACCGGCCACUGACCAUCUCGGACGAGAGUGAAACCCUGUCACACCUGUUCAAGCGGUCGGCCACGCUCGUGCUCGUGCCCACACAGUCGGCUAUCGCGGAGGCAUACAAUAACUCGUCGAUGGCGAAGAGCGGCUACGGUGUUCAUGGUGUCCUUUCGAACGCAUAUGCUAUGAUCUCCGGGGCUGUGAAUGCGGUAUGGAGCUUGGCACCGUUCGCCUCCAGGACGGUCGAGCAGCCACCGCCGCCACCGCCGCGGCGUGAGGGAAGACGCGUGGGCACAGCGGAGAGCAAUGUCAGGACGCUGGGAAGUCAAAACGAAGAUUCCGAGAGGCGGUACUACAAUGGAAAUCAAUCGAGCCUCGAGCCAAAACCGGACGACAAAUGAGUCGUCCCCACCUUCUUUUCCUUUCCUUUCCUUUCGUAUUCAUUUUCUUGUCUUGCGGGAUUUGGGGUCUGGGGGGCGUUUCAUCUAUCUAAACUUCGCUUCUGUCGUACCGGUACUACUACUGCUGCUGUUGCUGCCUGCUGCCUGUCUGUCCUUACCUGAACGAUGUUUUCUCUGCACAUUAUUAUCGACACACUAAAUGGUCCCCGUCUUUUUUUCCGUCCGAUUCUGUGUAUUCUGUGUACUCUGCACUGUACUCUUUUCCUUUCUUUUUUGUUUGUUCGAAAGAAUGAAGGGACGAGGAGGAGGAGGACGAGAAGGAGAAGAAGGAGGGGGGUUUGUAAGUAUCAUGCGUGCAAGCAAGCUUGCUUCCAAUGCACACGCGCAAAGAUGUUUGAUAUGUUUGAUAUUGAAGAUUCGAUGCUUCAUAGUCAGUGGCCUCACCUGA